AGAGAUGACUUUAUAGAGCAGUCGUUUCCAUUCAUAUCCGUGCUCCAUGAAUGGCCUGGUUAGCAGCCAUUCUCUCCUGAUAUCACUCACAUUUACUGGUUUGCACUGUUCUCAUGGAAAUCCCUGUUGCUUUAGUGACAGCCUGAUCGGGGUACACGGGGGCUAUGUGAGGCAUUUCCUCUCUACCCGGUCCAGCUCUGUGCUCUGAAUCCUCUGCAGUCUGCAUCAGCAAAGUGUCUUGGCAUCACUUCUCGUUCUUCCUUCGUGUCCAUUCCGGCGUCAUGUGAGUUGAGUUCGCGGUGGUCUCCCUAGUCGCCCUAGACCUGGACCUGGACCCUCCUCCGUCGAGCUUAGCAGCCAGUGCCGACGUCCUCCUCAUCGCUUUGGUAGUCCCGGUAGGGGAAGCCUCCCUUUCCCCCCGCUGUCCCCGGUUUAUCCUGCACCCUUCAGCGUGCGGCGGAGCGGAGGAUGAGCGAGCAAGGGAAGGGCUCGGCAUCCGCCUCUGCCGCGGCCCCGGCACCAGGGUCGGAUACUUACAAAGGCUGGCUUUUUAAAUGGACCAACUAUCUGAAAGGGUACCAGCGGCGAUGGUUUGUCCUCAGCAAUGGCCUUCUUUCUUAUUACAGAACACAGGCAGAGAUGGCCCAUACAUGUCGCGGGACAAUCAACUUGGCCACGGCGCACAUCGACACAGAGGAUGCCUGCAACAUUGUCCUGAGCAGUGGUGGCCGCACUUAUCACCUUAAGGCUAGCACAGAAGUGGAGCGGCAGAGAUGGGUCACAGCACUGGAAUUGGCCAAAGCCAAAGCCAUCCGCAUGAUGAAUGAUCAGUCUGACGAUUCUGGGGACGAUGAGCCUGCAUCCCAGUCGGACCGCAGCGAGCUUCAGGGCACCCUGAAGAUACUUGUGAGCAAGCUUGAUGACCUCAGCACAUGUAAUGACCUGAUCGCCAAGCAUGGGGCGGCCCUGCAGCGCUCCCUCAGCGAACUCGAGGGUCUGAAGGUCCCUGUGGAGGGCGGGGAGAAGAUCAAGGCAGUCAACGAGCGAGCCACCCUCUUCCGCAUCACUUCCAAUGCUAUGAUCAACGCCUGUCGAGACUUCUUGGACCUAGCAGAGACACACAGUAGGAGAUGGCAGCGGGCGCUGCAGUAUGAGCGAGAGCAGCGCACCCACCUAGAGGAGACCAUUGAACAGCUAGCCAAGCAGCAUAACAGCCUGGAGCGAGCGUGGAGAGAAGCGCCCACGCUUGCUUCCACCACACCCAGUGCUCCUACCACCAACAAGGAAGGGAGUGCGAGGCUGCUUAAGGAAGAAGCAAGUGAUGAUGAGGAUACCGAGUACUUUGAUGCCAUGGAGGAUUCCCCUGCAUUUAUUACAGUGACUGCCACUGACAGUUCACAGCACAGGCGAUCUCAGAGUAAUUUAAGCGGAGCAAGUGGAGGUCAACCCAGUGACUGGAACCAGGACAACCAUAUGUCUCCCAGCUAUAAUGAUGUGUGUGGGAAGGAGCUGCAGCCCCGCAGACAGAGGCGGACUCAUGUCCCAGACAAGCCCAACUACUCCCUCAAUUUGUGGAGCAUCAUGAAGAACUGCAUCGGCAAGGAGCUCUCCAAAAUUCCCAUGCCUGUAAACUUCAACGAGCCUCUGUCAAUGCUACAACGUCUCACGGAGGACCUUGAGUAUCAUGAACUACUAGACAAGGCGGCACGCUGUGACUCCUCCCUGGAGCAGAUGUGCCUGGUUGCUGCCUUCUCCGUCUCAUCCUACUCCACCACGGUUCAUCGGACAGCGAAGCCCUUCAACCCGCUACUGGGUGAGACCUACGAGCUUGAUCGCAUGGAGGAGUUUGGCUACCGUUCGCUGUGUGAGCAGGUGAGCCAUCACCCCCCUGCAGCUGCACAUCAUGUGAUUUCCCAACGAGGCUGGACCCUGUGGCAGGAAAUCACAAUCGCCAGCAAGUUCCGUGGCAAAUACCUCUCCAUUAUGCCACUGGGUGCCAUUCACCUCCAGUUCCACUCCAGCGGUAACCACUAUGUGUGGAGAAAGGUCACCUCCACAGUGCACAACAUCAUUGUGGGCAAGCUGUGGAUUGACCAGUCAGGGGACAUUGAGAUUGUGAAUCACAGGACCAAGGAGACCUGCCAACUCAAGUUCUCUCCCUACAGUUAUUUCUCCAGGGACGUUCCACGAAAGGUGACAGGUGUGGUGACUGACAGUGGUGGACAUGCUCACCACAUCCUCUCUGGUACCUGGGACGAUAAAAUAGAAAGUGCCAAGAUUGUUCAGAGCAGCAGAGGGGGCAGCGGAUCAGAAGGCAAGCAGAAGACUGUAUAUCAGACAUUGUCCCCCAAACUGCUGUGGAAGAAAUAUCCGCUCCCGGAAAACGCUGAGAACAUGUACUACUUCUCAGCGCUUGCCCUGACCCUGAAUGAGACUGACGACAGAGUGGGACUGACCGAUAGCCGACUGAGACCAGACCAGAGGCUUAUGGAGGAAGGUCGAUGGGAUGAAGCGAACUCAGAGAAACAGAGGCUAGAAGAAAAACAAAGAGCUGUAAGGAGGAGGAGGGAAGCAGAGGCCACAGACGCUCUGGAUGAAGGUAGAGAAUAUGAAGGCUACCAGCCCCUGUGGUUUCACCAGAGGAGAGACUCAGUCACUGGAGAGACAAACUUUGUGUACAAGGGAGGUUACUGGGAGGCAAAGGAGAAACAGGACUGGAGCAUGUGUCCUGACAUCUUCUAACCCAGGACCUAACCCGGAUCACUCCUAACCUCGUCGGACAGGGAGCUGCUCGGCCUCUGCUCCUUAAGCAAUGGGGUGUAGCAGGUUUAUGAGCACCUUGUGGACCUUUUGUGAGUGCGAGAAUGUGUGUGUUUGACACACUCUAGGAAUUACACUGUACCUCCAAAUGUUGUUACUGUGAGGAAAAAAACAGGGUGUUCCCUCUGUAGUCCUCGUUGAAACUUGACUAAAACAGCAGUGAGACAUUGUGUAGAUGAAAGGUGGUGUAAAUUUGUAGCACCACCUAAUAAAGGCACCUGCACACACUGAAAUCAGGUCCUUUCCAAAUCUUACCCACAAUGCACUUUUCUGUGUUCAUCCCAUUUUAAUUUUUUUUAAAGAUUGGACAGAAACCCAUUUAAAUCAAGAUCCAUUGACAGCCAACAUGGACAAAAUCAUAAAUGGACACAUCAAAACAAAAGAAGUGUUCUUAUCUUUUGUUUAAUUCAGCACAGUUGAGAUUAUGCUAGCCGCACUUUGUCAGCCUUCAGAUAGAUCCUUUUUCCAGCUAACUUUUUCAAGUGCUAAUUAUUUGCCCUGUUUAGUAAGAGGCCUUUAAAUGGUAUCAGCACAUUUAUGUGUAACAUUUAAUUAAAAGUCAUGUAGAUCCAAAGUGUUGGAAGUAAAUUCAAUCACCAAGACAUUCUGGAAAAAAGUAAAAAUUAGACAACUUUUGUGUAGUUUAAUGUUAUUUUCAUGUUGCUUAUCUUCAUAGCUGAUCAUUACCAGUCAGCUUUUUAAUUAUUAUAGUUUAAUUUCUAUGAAUUGUUUCAUCUUAUUUCAUUUCAAAGAAAUUUUCUCCAAAUAAAAAAGUCUCAAGACAAAUAUCGGAUUUGCUUUUCAAAAUAACGGCUUAUGAGAAAUAACUGCUAAAAGAAAUAAGAUUGACUUGAAAUGAACUGUCAAUGCCAAAAUUACAAGGGAAAAUAACAUUUCUUAUUCAGGAGCUGUGUUUUUUGGACAACCAUAUAGUAUCAUAAUUCUAUUGUCUGUAUUUAUUAAUAUUGAUGUUUACUACAUGGUGUCUAAUGUAUUAGUUGAACACUUUGGGUCUUCAUGACAAGCGUCUUAUCUUUGAUUUGACAAAGGGCCUCUAUCUUUGUCAUUAGUGAAGGCUGGUUUUAUUUGAACAGAUGGAAUCUGCAGCCGUGCAGAAACAUAUUUUAUUCAGUGUGAAUGUUGGUGUUUCCUUUUAGGUACAUGAAGUUAAAAUACAACUAGACUAUAGUUCAUGUAGAAAAAAUAUAUAAUGUAGAUUCCCUUUAUGCUUCAAUGCAAUUUCAUUGAAAAUGCUUCAGACAUUUUUCAUUUGUGACUCUAAAUAGUGAAACUCUGCGAUUGUCAGACCUUUAGUCGGAACACAUUAGUGCAAUGCAGCAGUCCAAAACUGAACACUCAUAUCACUUUGAAAAUAUUGUCUAUAUUAGUACAUAUCUGUUUUAAUGGUGACAAAGUUUCACCCUAUAGGUGUUCUUUACCUUAUCCUCUGGUGCUUUCCCAUAGCAACACACACCAAAUCCUCACUGACCACUUUGAGUGACAUUAUUCUCAGUGAUCAUACAAAGCACCAAAUCACUGAGAAACUGAGUGAUAACAACAAGUUUAUCCACUAACCUGCAGCUCUCCAGCUCCACAGCCUCCAUCAGUCACUAGUUUGUAGCUCAGACGUUUCCAGCAGGACUUAAUGUGUGGCUGGAGGUGUUCCUCUGAGUCCUGCGUGUCUCUGCCUGACGCGAGUUCAGAGGUUUAUAGAAGCAGACAGGGCUGGUUCCUGCAGCUCACCACUGUGCAGUCAAAUACAGACACGGAGGAGCUCAAGACUCCACACAGCCUCCGCAGGUAGUCCUUUCAUUCAGUCAUUGUGACCAUGCUGAUCUGGGAUCAGCUCAUGAAGGUACCCACAGUCUUUUGCCUUUAACUGACUGAACAAGGGAACGUCCCCUGACCUGUGCACUACUCGUCUCCAGUGACAAGAGUUUUGAAAACCAGUUAGUAUUUUUUUGUAAUUAUUGUUAGGAAUGUAGAAUUCAGGGCUGGAGGUAUCGUAUCUACCGCCUCGUUCAUUUGUGUGAAUAUUUUGUGAUAAAUGAAUGAUAUUGUAAAUUGAAGAGUAAUUAUACUAACUAUACUAAGUUAUCUGUACAGCCUAGUUCCAAUCUGAAGAAAAAAAAUCUCAAUGAGCCUAAAGGAUUUUAUUUUAAUCCAGAUUGAUUCUGUUUAGAUGGGUGUUGAAUCUGAGGCACCCUCACUUUGGCUGCUGGUUUCCUGUUUUAUAUUUCCCCAAAAUAAAAAAAAAACUGUCUGAACACACUGACAAUAUUUUUAUAGAGCCCUUUAUGCUAGCAUAUCAGUAGUUGUGGUUCAGUGAUGAUUUCAUAGAUCAGACAGUUCCUUCUUUCCCCUCAUAAAGAUGCAUUACAUGCACUAAAAAAAAACAUGAAUUAACAAAACAUACCACAUGGAGUAAAGAGGAUUCUCAAAAUGGAGCUAAUAAAGUGUUUUUAUCUAAUGAUUUAUUAACAACAUUAUAAAACAUAGAUUUUUCUUAAUUUCACAAAAAAAAUUUCCUUCUACCAAUUUGCACAAAAGGUUUAAUUGCAUUGUUUUAAUUGUGAGCACACUUUGAUCAGUCAUUGAACUCUUUGUGAACAAUGCCAAAAUUAAAGGACAAAUUCAACAUUUAGGGAAAUAACUGAUACCCUUAAGAAAAUCCACUCCCUUCUGAUACUGGUAUGGUAUCAGGCGGGUGAGGAGCUGGUGAGCUUAGCUAAACAUAAAUCCUGUAAGCAAACUGGAACAACCUGCCUGGCUCUGUCCAAACAUAUUAAAAGCUCUCCAUUAGCACUUCUAAGAUUCAUUAACACUUAAUAUCUUGUUUGUUUAAUCUUCAGGAAGUCACUGCUCCAGGCCAAGAAAUAAUCCUUCACGUGAAGCAUGUGGUUGUGUGUACAAAUUACACAAACAAGAUAUACUGGUUAAUUUGUUAGCUUUAGAGGUUUUUUGUUUAACUCUUAGACAGAGCCAGGCUAGCUGUUACUACUGGCUUCAGUAUCAUGUUAAUGACACAGGAGUGAUAUCAAUCUUCAUAUAAGUAUGGGCAAGUGUGAAUCCAAAAUGUCAAACAAGUCCUUUAAUUUGAUUACUAACCUCUUUGCUUCUCAUUUUUUCUCUUCCCUUUGCACAGACAGUUGUCUUGUACACCGAUACAAUUAAUAAAUGUUGCAUUCGCUUAAAAACCUAACAAGUAUGUCAGAUGUGUAGUUAAACACUUGCAGCAAGGUGUUACAUUAAUUCUCUCUCUAAACGUGUAAUUUUACAGGUAGUUCUGUCUCAUCGUGGACAGUCAUGGGGUCUGAAAGAACACUGAUGAUCUCUGACGAAUGGUGAUGAAAAAAUUGUACAAAUAGAGUUUUUUUCUCAGCAAUCAAUUUGAAGUUACUAGAGAAUUACUUUAAUAUAUUGUUCUUGAGAUGAUUUUAUAUUUGAAAAUACAUGUUAUAUUUUGAAUGACAGUGGAGAACUCAUCAUAUGUUUAAAUCAAUGUAUUUCCAAAUAAAGUGACCUCAGCACUUGAUGGUGACUGAAGUUGCCCUGCUGAGGUGAAACUGUACAGUUUUCGGAUGGCCGUAGCAAUAAUGCAGUGAGGUGUAGAUUUGUCAUUUCAUGGUCAUGUUGCUUCAAACAGAACAGUUUUCGGCCUCCUGCAGAAAGGGAAAAAAAAACAACCAAAGUGUAUGUGGAGAGUGUACUGUAGACUAAAAGAACCUCUUUGUUUGCCUUCCCUAUCUCUGGGGGUUGUAAUGUAAACCCCUUCUCAUUGUUUCUGUCAUUUCAUCUCACCUAACUCUUAAUUCACUUUGGUGUUUUGUUUUUUUUAGCUUGAUUUGUAUGCUUUUAUUCUCUGUUCUGAUUUCUACCUUCUCACGGGUGCCAUUAUUCUUACGUUUGUGUUUUCAUACUGUUUGUAUGCAUAAUGAGCUUGAUUUGUGUGCAUGUGCAACACACAUUUCCUUCUCAUUCAAUGCUGCUCAGUUUUGAAGUAGAACUGAACUAAUGGAGAUGGGGAAACUUGUCUUGCCUUGUUUAAACUGAACCCUCCUUCUCUUUGAGCUGUGACUCGCAGCUUGUAGAGACACAGUGGUUAUGUUCAUAAUCAGGAUGUUAAAAGUUUUAAGACACAUCACAACAGCGGCCUGGUACAGGAGGUCAAGGGUGAUUGACCUGCCUUGAGUACUACUUUAACUCCCCAAAUACACAUUGGUGUAUUCAGGUGUUACUGAGGGUUUAACUGAGGUUUUUCUUCUUUAUUUUUUAAAUUGUGUAUUUUCUCCUUUAAUUUAUACUUGUAUAACAUUGUCUUUAAACAACAAAGACAUAACAAUGAAAAAAAGAAGAUAAUAAAGCUGUUAUUGUUGACACUGGA